AUGGAAAUUACUUAUUUCAAACCUACAGCUGAGGAACUUUCAAAGGUUCAACAAAGCCGUGUACUAUUAAAUACAGUUAAAUGCAUUGAAAAAUGGGUCAAUAUUUUAAAUACUUGGCACAAAAAUGUGAACUAUUCCUACACCUUAGAAUCACUUUUCUCUAAUGAACAAAUAGAAAAUGAGAUGUGUGAAUUUAUAUAUGGUGUGAGAACAAUAAAAGGCGAAAAAUACUCAAGAGCUUCCUUGAAAAAUGCUGUUGCCUCAAUAAGCC